AUGUCUGCCAACAUUAUGACCGCGUCUUCGUACAAGGCUCUAAUAGCCUCAUCGUCUGAAUCGGUCAACUUCGAGCUUCCAAGGCCAUCGUCAAGAUCCUCAGAGAUCUCAACAUCGUCAGAAGGUUCUAGGCCUUCAAGACCAUCUUCAACGGCUUCUUCUGCUUCAGAGGCGAGCUUCUUGCCAUUAACACACCUUUUGCCACCUAGUCCGCCACUGCCUGUGCUGGUAAGUUUAGUAAAUGUUAGUUAAUCUAAUAGUACUUGAACUUUGUUCAUUGUUGCUUAUAUUAAAGUCAACGUUUAGUUUUGUUGCUUCCAUAAAAAACCAAAAUCUUAUAAAACAUAAAAGAGCAGCCUUUUCUAGACGUUUAAUCAUUUACUUAAUCUCACUUACUUACUCAUCAUUUCAGCCAACUCAAUUCAAGCAAGUCAGCCCAGAUGACCCAAUGGCUCCUUAUCACAGGCAAUUAGACGACAUUGAUCAAGAGCUGAAGAUGAUAAAAGUGUUGCUUCUAUCUUGUCGAAGCAUCGAACGUCGGGCGGCCAUACACGCCAACUUUGAAAUAACUAUGGUGAAGUACAACAUUAUAAAAAGUAAUAUCUUGUCCAAAGUGGCAGACAGUAAACAGUGA